AUGCCGAGGUCUUUCCUGGUUAAAAAGAAACGUGGUGCAUAUGGAGCAUGGCAAUGGAAAGAAACAGAACAGCAUGAGUGGAAAGAAGACUAUACAGCAGUGAGUCAAAAUUCUAGGAAGCAGAUAUCCUGCAGUCCUGACACCUCACAGCCUGUCAUUGUGCCUCAGCAAGGAGCCACCUUAGAAUAUGAGACUACAGGAAGAAUGAGAGUGCCAGUGCUUUUGGCAGGAUCAAGAGGACCAGGGGCUGACACCAGGGUGGACUGGUCCACACUGAUGCUCCAGGGCUCCUUCUACCAUCCCAGUACACUGGCAAUGGUCAGCAGAGCAAAGCCCCGUCCCCGUACUUCCUCAGGCUCAGGUGACUUUGUGUGCUCAGUGUGCAACAAGAUAUUCCCUCUGCAGCGUAUGUUGACCCGUCACCUGAAGUGCCACAGCCUGGUCAAGAGACAUCCUUGUCGAUUCUGUGGCAAAGGAUUCAACGAUACCUUUGACCUCAAAAGGCAUAUGAGAACACACACAGGUAUCCGUCCCUACAAAUGUGAGCUGUGUGAGAAAGCCUUCACGCAGCGUUGUUCUCUGGAGUCCCAUAUGAGGAAGAUUCACGGCAUUCGCCAACAGUAUGCUUACCGCCAGAGACGCUCCAAGAUCUUUGUGUGUGAGGAUUGUGGUUACACCUCAAGCCACCCUGAGGAGUAUUUCCUCCAUGUGAGACAGUGCCACCCUGGCAGUCCCGCUCUCCGCAGAUACUACCGCCGCCAGGCCCAUGAGAGCAGCAGCUUUGCAACAGCAGAUCAUAAACUCAGUCCCUAUUUGCUGUACUCAAACCCUGCAUACUACAUGUAG